CGCAGUGUGUGUCCACCAGCCGGCCCAUCAGUGAGGAGUACAUCUCGGGGUCAAGCUGUAAAUCAGACAUCUGCCAUUGCCUCUGCAUCCAGCCCAAGAACUAGUCAGGUUGAAGCAGAACCCACCAUCAAAGAGGAAGUCGUGGACUUGGAAGAGGAUUCUGCACAGGGUGGGGACUUUGAGCAGUCGGCGGAGCAGGAGGAGUGGGACGAGGAGGCGCAGGCCUCCUAUUACUCCGAGGGCGAAGGGGCGACUAGGAGCAGCCAGGACUUGCCUCAGAACAUCCCGCCUGAAAUUGAUCCAUCA